CUAUGGACAAUUUGGAGUCGCCAAUUAACCUAGCAUGUUUUUGGAAUGUGGGAGAAAGCCGGAGAAAACCCUCGCAUGCACGGGGAGGCCUGCGCGCUAACCACUCGAGCACCGUGCAUCCCAACAUUCAUUCAUUCAUUCAUUUUCUACCUCUUUUUCCUCACAAGGGUUGCGGGGGUGCUGGAGCCUAUCCCAGCUGUCUUUGGGCGAGAGGCAGGGUACACCCUGGACUGGUUGCCGCAGCCCAACAUAACAAACAAUAUUUGCAUAUUUACAAAUAGUCUAUAAAUAUGGUAAAUACAAGUAAAUUAAGUGUACUUUACACACAGCGCAAUCAUGUGGUGGAUUAUCUUUUAGAGCUGGAUGACAUAUGGGAUGAAUGUGGCAUUUACUGUGAGAACGGAACUGCCAGGAGUAUGUUAGAGAAUGAGGUCCUUUGCUCCUCUAUUGUCAAAUGGAGACCAGAUUGUCCAGUGUCCUCCCGUCUCUCACUGUUAAAGUGUCAAUAGCUUGUUUGUGAAAACUGUUCCGUACUGACUUGUAUAUUUAUAACUGUACAUUUGUACGAUCUCAUACUAUACUACUGUACUAUUUCAUACUAAAUUAGCCUGGUAAAAUUGUCCCAUUUGUAAAUACUUGUAAACACAACACUUUAUUAGCUCAUACAAUGUUGACACGAGAAAAUACAACACAUUGACUGUGUUUAUGUGUUUUACCUCCUAAGUUUGGAUGAGAGCACAUGUACAGUACAUGACGUGGUACUUGAAGGUGCUUAUAGUAAGAGACCACAAAUGUCUUUCACUGCAAUUUUGGGGAAAAUAACAUCCUGAACAACAAGUUUCCAAGAAGCCCCGCAUGGUUUUCACAGUCUUACUCAUGCACUGCACUCACCGGACACACAUACAGCGCACGGAAUCUCACGCUUCGUUUGUACGCAUGCAGGCAUUCGAGACAGACACCACGCAGCGCUUACGUGGUGAUGACGAAAGAAACAGACAAAGCCAUACUUAGCAAAGAAAAGAAAGGUGUGGGCUAGCAGAUGGAUUUAAGAGGGUGGAAUUACUUAUGUCAACACAUUACUACAGUGCCGCCUUUCUUUCCCAGCGACUGGAGCAUGUGCAGACAGGUCGCUGUGAAUGGAGCGGUGUGGUAAGAGGAUCAAUAGAUUUAACAGAGUGCAUGGUGAAGACACACCUCUUAUACAGGGUCAGGACACCCACACAGAGAGGAGGAGGAGGGAGGCAGAGAUAGGCUAGAUGCUUCAUUGUGUUUCUUUUUCUAUACCCCUCUCCCCUCCCCAUUUCCUUACUUGAUGUUGAGGAAGAGCAGAGGAUGCAGGCAAGUGUUGGCAACAUGCUCUUCUGUCAUGCAAAUGUGACUGCUGUUGCCAUCGCUCUCCGUCAGCUCAGCUGUCAGGGAAGGGAAUGUUCUCCGCAAGAAUGACUCCCUGAGCCGGCUCACCAUGUGGAUGUGGGACAGUAACUUCCAAACUUUUGCCGGAAGAAUCCCCAGGAAAAAGGCCCCCAGAGCUUAUCGUGUGGGUGGCCGCCUGUGUCAGUCUGCCUUUUUUUUGUGUGUCUCUUUCGGAACUCAUGGAUUUAAUGGUGCCUGAUUAUUAGGAUUUAAUGUGCUUCAUUUGCAAAAAAGUUUCACAGAGACUCUUGACGGACUGCAGCAUGGGACACCACGUGUUAUACUGGACUUUCCACUGCACACUGUGGGUCUUUGCCUGGAGAUAGAAUAUCAAAUAGCCCAAGAAAAGCCUCUUUAAAAAGGGCGAUUCGGGCUCGUUAUGAAACCCGGAUUGUGUCCAGGUGUUUCAAGUGACAGGACCAUGAAGCACCUUAGCCAUUUUCCUUUUAGAAGACAUUCCUGGAUAUGUUUCGACGUGGACAAUGGAACAUCAUCGGGUCGCAGCCCGCUGGACCCGAUGGCCAGCCCAGGAUCAGGCCUCAUCCUGCAGGCCAAUUUCGUCCACAGCCAGCGGAGGGAGUCGUUCCUGUACCGCUCUGACAGCGACUACGACCUCUCACCCAAGUCUAUGUCCAGAAACUCCUCCAUCGCCAGCGACAUCCAUGGUGAUGACAUGAUUGUAACGCCAUUUGCACAGGUCCUUGCCAGCUUGAGAACUGUACGGAACAACUUUGGUGCAUUAACUAACCUGCAGCAAGACAGAGCAUCUAAUAAUAAGAGAUCACCCAUGUGCAAUCCACCACCCAUCACCAAGACCACCUUUACAGAGGAGGCCUACCAGAAACUGGCCACUGAGACUCUGGAGGAGCUGGACUGGUGCCUGGACCAGCUGGAGACGCUGCAGACCAGACACUCGGUCAGCGAGAUGGCAUCCAACAAGUUCAAGAGGAUGCUCAACAGGGAACUGACUCACCUGUCAGAGAUGAGUCGUUCAGGGAAUCAGGUGUCUGAGUUCAUCUCCAGCACCUUCCUAGACAAGCAGCAUGAAGUAGAGAUGCCAUCACCUCAGACGCAGAAGGACAAGGAGAAGAAGAACAAGCCCAUGUCUCAGAUCAGCGGUGUGAAGAAGCUGCAGCACUCGUCCAGCCUCACCAACUCGAACAUCCCUCGCUUUGGCGUGAAGACGGAGACGGAGGACGAGCUGGCAAAGGAGCUGGAACAUGUGAACAAAUGGGGCCUUAACGUUUUUAAAAUCUCAGAAUUCUCUGGGAAUCGGCCGCUGACAGUAAUGAUGUACACCAUAUUCCAGGAGCGAGACUUGUUAAAAACGUUUAAAAUUCCAUUGGACACUUUUAUCACCUACCUGAUGACCUUAGAGGACCAUUACCAUGGCGAUGUGGCCUACCACAACAACAUCCACGCCGCUGACGUCACCCAGUCCACCCAUGUGCUGCUAUCCACCCCUGCACUCGAGGCCGUGUUCACAGACUUGGAAAUCUUGGCGGCCAUCUUUGCCAGCGCCAUUCACGAUGUGGACCACCCGGGAGUGUCCAACCAGUUCCUCAUCAACACCAAUUCCGAACUGGCGCUGAUGUACAACGACGCGUCUGUGCUGGAGAACCACCACCUGGCUGUGGGCUUCAAGCUCCUACAGGAGGAGAACUGCGACAUCUUCCAAAACCUGACCAAAAAACAACGACAAUCGCUGCGAAAGAUGGUCAUCGACAUUGUGUUGGCUACUGAUAUGUCCAAGCACAUGAACCUACUGGCUGAUCUAAAAACCAUGGUGGAAACCAAAAAGGUGACCAGCUCGGGAGUCUUGCUGCUGGAUAACUAUUCUGACCGGAUACAGGUUCUGCAGAACAUGGUGCACUGUGCAGACCUGAGCAACCCCACCAAGCCCCUGCAGCUCUACAGGCAGUGGACCGACCGCAUCAUGGAGGAGUUCUUCAGCCAGGGCGACCGAGAGAGGGAGCGGGGCAUGGAGAUCAGCCCCAUGUGUGACAAACAUAACGCCUCGGUCGAAAAGAGCCAGGUCGGUUUCAUCGACUACAUCGUUCACCCCUUAUGGGAGACGUGGGCCGACCUGGUGCACCCGGACGCCCAGGACAUUUUGGACAUGCUGGAGGACAACAGGGAGUGGUACCAAAGCACCAUCCCCCAAAGCCCCUCCCCCGCUUUGGAUGAACCUGAGGAUGGCAGCCGGCACCCGGUAGGGGACAAGUUCCAGUUCGAGCUCACGCUGGAGGAGGACGGCGAGUCGGACACGGAGAAAGACAGCGGCAGCCAGCCGGAGGAGGAGGAGGAAAACAGUUGUACGGACUCAAAAACGCUUUGUGAGCAGGACUCAGAAUCGACUGAGAUUCCCUUGGACGAGCAGGUGGCGGAGGAAGAGGAGGUAGCAGAGGAGGGAGACACUUCCUACUCGCAAACUUGUGUUGUGGAGGAAGAGGAAGAGGUCGCGGAGGAGGAGGAGGAAGAGGAGGAGGAAGAGGAGGAGGAGGAGAAGAAAAGCCCAGAUACUUAGCAGUGUAGGACAGCCCCGGAUGAACUGUUCUUCUUAGUAACAAUUAUUUAUAGAAUAUUCUAUGAGGGGGGAGGAAAGGAGUCUGUGUUCUUUUCUUACACUAUGUUCCAAAGCCACACCCACUCCAUCAGCCCUGUUGAGACACACCCACAUCUAGCAUGCCUUCUGGGGACACCUUGGCUCCGCCCCCUCUCUGCCUCUUCCUUGAUAACACACACCCACCUCAACCACACGCCUCCUCUGAGCCCAUAUUGGUCAGAACUCCUCCCUCUUGUCAGACUCGCCCACUUUGGCCACACCCCCUCAUCAUCUCAGCCACACCCACCCAACGGUACUCACUUUUUAUUUUGCACUCAGGAAAAUUCCUCCCCGUUCUUGUUCUCCCAGCUAAAGUGACCUUUUUCUUUUUCCACCCCUUUUUUCAUCUUUCAACCCAAUCACGCUGAGGGAUGAGGGGGAGUAAGGGGGCGGAGCCCGUAGAAACACAUGAUGUGGAAGUCUUCCUUGGAAAACGAUGUUGCUUGUUGCUGUCCUCUGUAUCAGAUCUUUUCUCUAUGCUUUAUUUCAGCUUGGGUGUGAAUGAGGAGGUCAAUUUUAAUGUUGGCUUUUUUGGGGGUAUGAAGGGGGUCAGGGGCUCAUUUGAAGUGUUUGCACUUGCUCCAAUAGCAUUUAUACCACUUAAUGUACUCCCAUGCCCACUCUGCUCCCACUCGGCUAACAAGGACUUUGUUAUUCUGACUAUUAUUAUUAUUAUUAUUCAUUUAGCUAGCUGGCCGCCGAGGAGGACACAAAGAAAGUGACGUGGGUGAAGCCUUGAACUAUUAUUGUUGCCUACAGUUCUUUUUGAACACAUCCUGAGACAAUGCAAUGCUUUCUAGUCCAUACAAAACGCACUUUUUUUCAUUAUUAGUGCUUCUUAAGAUGUUUACCAAUUAGCGGGGUGAUUUUAUGUUAUUUUUUAUACACAUACUUUACAACAGCUUUUAAUUACUAUUGUUUUCAUCAUUAUUGGGUCAUUAAACACUUGAUUACUCUGUCUUUGCUUUGGGAUAAGACAAUCAGCUCCAACUGACACGUUGCCUUUUUUUUAAAUCACUGAAACAAACACUGGGGGAAAAAAACAUCUCAGAUUUCGAGUAUAGAGUCUUACAAUUACCAGAAUAAAGUAAAAAAAUUAUGAGAAAAAAGUCUUAAAUGUAAGAAAAAAAUGAUACAUUUCAGAGAAAAAAGUUGUACAUUCACAAGAAAAAAGUUGUAAAUUUACAAGAAUAAAGUUCUUAAUUCAUGAGAAAAAAGUUGUGCAUUUAUGAAAAAAAAGUUAUACAUUUACCAGAAUCAAUUUGAGAUUAACAUUUUACCAUAAAAAUGCAUUAAAUUUGCCGGAUGAAAUUUGUAAAUUCACUCGAAAAAAGUCUGUACAUUUAUGGGAAAAAAUGUCGUAAAUUUACAGGAAAAUUGUAAAUUCACAAGAAAAAAAGACAUUCAUGAGACUUUCAUGAGAAUAAAGUCUGAAUUUCAGAGAAAAAGACAUACAUCUAGUAGAAGUAAGUUGUAAAUUUUACGGGAUAAAAGUCAUUCAUUUACUUGGGGGGAAAAGUCUUACUUUUACCAGGAUAAAGUUAGUAAAUUUACAAGUAAAAAGUUGUAAUAUUACGUGUCAGAGGGAAAAUAGAGCAUACCUCUUCAGGAAGGAAGUAAAGUCUCCUCUUGCUUCAGGCAAGCUUUUAUUCAUAACGUGGCAGCAAAACAGCAUUUGAGCAUGGCUAGCAAGAGAUUAGCAUGGCUAGCAAUUCUCACUUCCGCCUUCCUUAGCCCACCCCUAUGGCCCAAGGCCAAAGGUCACAUAGCUGUCUCGGGCAAUGCUUGUAACAUAAUGUUAUAAUUUUUUUUCUCGUCAAUAUACCACUUUAUUCUUAAAAUCUGAGAUUUUUUUUUCCAUUGUGUCCCUAAAACUCAAUCACAUUAACAUGCCAAUGACUCAUUUUUUUUUUUUUACUUUUUUUUUUUAUUUAUUGCUGUUUUACAUUGUGUUAAAAUAUAAAGGUGGCACAGCAAAUAAAUCACUGUAGCAUAAACAGGCUCACCAGUUCCAAAACCCAAAUCUUCUUACGUUUAUUUUACUACUGGUUUUUUUUUUUUUUGCUUCUGUGUACAUAAAAAAUAUUACCAAAAAAACACACUUGAAGACUGCACACUGAUUUUUUUAUUUUGUCACUCUUUAUUUAAUCUAACAUUUUUGUGCCAAUUUUAUUUGUAUUUUUUCCUUUUUAUUGUCACGCUCACCCAAUGCCCUUACCUGUAAUACGAUUUUUCCAGUUUUAAUGGCUGUUUACAAACAUUAUAUUUAUUGUUGUGUAUAUACUAUAUAGUUAUUAUUAUUAUUAAUGUUAUUGCUAUCAUAACACCGUUUGUCGUAAAUGGUUGACUCUUAAUCAUCCCUUUUGGUGAUGGUGUGGCUGUAAAUCACGUACCUCUUGUUGAGAGAAUGUGUUUUUAAAAAGAAACAAAAAAAAGUUCGAAAAAAAUGGUUGCUUGUCUAAGAAGCAGCUUGGAAGGGAGGGAGGGGGGGUCCAGGGUGGGGAUAAACCAAAUUUUUUUCUAUAAGCAACUGUUCCUUGGCCCAUGGGCUGUGCCUUAAAUUCAAUACUCUGUCGCCCUUUUGUGUUCAUAUUUGCAUUUUCUAAUUCUUCUUCUGCUACAUUAGUGAUGAUAACUGAUAAACUGCCUUUUUUUCGUUUUGCUUUUGAAGCCAAAUUUAGCCCAUCCCCACCCCGGGUUAUGAAACAAGAGAGGUACCACUCUGUCCUGUCCUGGCUGCAACAUAACCUCAAGCCGAUAGGAAAGCACACAGGCUCGGCUACACACACACACACACAUGCAUGUUCAGCCGCUGCUGCAUUAAAUUUGGCUGAAACACACAGUGUGUCGCGAAGGCGCCCCACCCUCUUUCCUGGCAAUAGAACAUCCCAGAGACUCUUCUGUUGACACAUAUACUGUAGAUGCUAAACAGCCCUGGACCAAUGGAAACAGUGGGUUAUUUCUUUUCCUCUUUUACGUGUUCUAUUUUUUUAAUGGUAUGAAAGGAAAACACAAAACUGUAACUUUCAAAAGAAAAUAAAUAAAUAAAAGGUCUUCAGGACAAUUAUUUUUGGGGGUUCUGUCUUUAGAAUGCCAACUUGUCUGGACAUUUCACAGGACAAAUUCAAAUGUUAUUUUAAUGGUAUCCUUGUUAAUUGCAGUCUAUUGGAUAGCACUGUAGAGCAAACAACUUCAUGUAAGAAAAAAUGUUUUUAUAUGCGAUGGAUUAAAAGCAUGGGUUGAUUCUG